AUGCGUCAUACACCCGCUGUACUCGCGUCGCCAGGCGCCAUCCACACCAGCGUCCAAGACACCACAUGGGCCCCUCCACAGAUAAGAAUUGUGGGGCUCAACCCGAUUGUCAAGGCCCUAGGCACACUGCGCCCUUUACCCCUGGAAGAUCGACGGGGUCCUACGCAGUAUGAAUCCUCCGAGCCACGCAUUUGCGCUUGCCCUUACAUGCAAGGGGCACGAUCUAGGUCCGAACGUGCUGACCUUGGACAGCCGUGGCUUCCGAAACUCCCUGGAGUCUACACACAAGCCCUGAGAUCCCCUACUAGCACACCACGUCACUGCCACACCGCCGAUCCUCGAGAAAUUAACGAGGAUCACCGAUCUCGUUUUGGCUUCUCGGAACCAUGGUUCCAGCAUGUCUACGCCAAGGUAGGGUGGGGACUUGGACCCACACUGAUGUGCUGGCAAGCCUUCUUGGGUGUCUCCUAA